AUGGACCACCCAUCCAUGCCUGACACACAGGUGGUGGUCAUCCCCAAGACUGCGGACCUCCAAAGUGUCCUCAGUGCCCUUACUGCCAAAGGCAAGGAAUGUGGCCCUCAGGGACCCAAUAAAUUCAUCUUGCUGAGCGGUGGAAGUGGGAGUUUAGAGGACUGGCCAGAGACACUCUGCAUGCCUGCCUUGGGAGUUGGGGACAGUUCAUGUGGAAACCCUCUGGCUCUCAACACAAAGCCGGAGGGAGGAGUUCCUCAGAGAGAUGAAACGGACUGCCUGGUGGAUGCCAAGCCCCUGAGCACAAUGAAACCUUUAAACAAGGAGCUGGACUGCAGCCCUCUGGAUGACAGUCUGACUAACAUUCAGUGGCUGGGAGGGAUGAGCACAGACGGUCUGGCAGCCGACCCUGGGAAGAAAGAUCCCAAUAAGGAGAACCAGGAGUCCUGCCCACAGCUUCUCCAGCCACCCAAAGGAUGUGGAGAGGGGCUGUGCAACGUUAAAGACCCUCAGUCUGAGAGACCUCCGUACUCCUACAUGGCUAUGAUCCAGUUUGCCAUCAACAGCAAGAAGAACAGGAGGAUGACCCUGAAGGAGAUUUACACCUGGAUCGAGGACCACUUUUCUUACUUCAGAAAUGUGGCCAAGCCAGGCUGGAAGAAUUCCAUCCGUCACAACCUCUCCUUGCAUGACAUGUUCAUCCGUGAGACUUCUCAUGACGGCAAGAUCUCCUACUGGACGAUUCGCCCCGAGGCCAACCGCUGCCUGACCCUUGAUCAGGUCUACAAGCCUGUGGUGGACCCAGCAGCCCCCCCUUCUCCACAGACUCUGCAGGUCUGUGAGCAACAAGUAAGGCUGCCCUUCACCCCCUCACUUCCGCCACAAUCAUACCCACUGAAGCGAGCUAUUCCUGAACUGAGGAAAGCGCCAGCUGCAAGCACCACGGUUUCAGAGAGGAAGAUGAAGCCUCUUCUACCACGCACUGACUCCUACCUGGUCCCCAUCCAGCUUCCCCUCGCCCCCUCCCUCUUCCUGCCCUCUGCACAGCUUCCUCUAGCUGCGCCACAACAGAACUGUAGUUCUUCAACUGCCAGCAUCCACGGAGGGGGAAAGAAGGUUCGGAUUGCGCCGAAGGUAAAGUCCGGUGUUCUACAGCAUGCCCCACCCCAAGUGGAUGUGUUGAAAGAAGAAUCGCUCGAUGUUGCCGUGACCCACGAAGCCCCAGAGGCCCAGCCUCCCCACAGCAGGAAGGAAGCCAGUAGCUCGCGCCGUAAGCAGCGUCUGGUCCUACCCUCCAGCGAGGAGCCCGUUCUUCUCUUCCCCGACAGCACCUUCUUCGAUUCGGGUCUGGCCUCUGACCUCUCCACCUUCCAGGACACGCGAGAGGCCGAGCCCGAACCCAAGCCAGAGUCUGACAGCCCAGAGAGGGGACAUGCCUUCAAGACUCCCAUUAAAGGCAGCCACCCUGCCUCUUCCACACCCAGCAAGCCCCCUGACACACUGCCAGAGCCCUGGAGGUUGACGCCCCUGAGCAAAGAGGGCCACAGCGUGCUGGACUUCAGCCCCAUCCGCACGCCCCGUGGCACCACCCACACCCCCCAGCGUCACAACCACACCCCCUUCAGCUUCAGCAGCACGCCGUUCAAGGAACUGCCUCUCUUCAGCUCCCCCCGUGAGCUCCUGACCUCCUCCCGCUCCCCUCCUGCCCAAACCUCCCCAGGGCCCGAACGCCUCGGGUCCUGCUCCCGGGAGCUGCAGGUCGGGGGCGCUACCAUGGCCAACCGCUCCCUCACUGAGGGUCUUAUCCUGGAUACCAUGAACGACAGUCUGAGUAAGAUUCUGGUGGACAUCAGCUUUUCAGGGCUGGAUGACGAAGAGUUGGCCAUGGGCAACAUCAGCUGGUCACAGCUCAUCCCAGAACUCAAGUGA